UGCUGCCUCUGCGUGUCUCCUGUAGUCGACCGCUUACGGGAACAGAGAAAGUUCUGCUACUAGUCUGUCCCGACCCCCGACCCCAACCCCAACAUCCCCGCAAACCCAUUCCCCUCUCUCUCUCUCUCUCUCUCUCUCUCGCUCUCCUCGCCGUGCCUUGCCCAAUCAUUCCCCCCGAUCUUUCUUGUGCUUCGCAGGUCGUAGUACGGUACUCUCCCUGCGCCCUCCCUCAUCCCCAUCUCUCCCCCACGGCCUUCCCAAGGGCUUCGGGGCCGGGCCGCUGCAGCGGGGACUUCGCCUGGAUUUGAGAUUCGGAGGUGGUGCGAUGGCGAUCCGGUGCUCGGGGGCCGCUCGGAGGAGCUGAUUGCUGGGAUCUGGAGGGAUUCGGGCGAUGGAGGUGAUGGGAGGCGUGGUGGUGGUUUGAGAGAGCGGAGCCGAGUCGCUUCCGUUUUGUCGAUUCUCCUGCUUUUGUUGUUGUAUUUUAUUUUUAUUUUUAUUUUUAUUUUUUUGUGGUUUCGUUUUGUUUUCGGAUUGUGAGUUAAAUUUUGGAGUAAUUGAGGAUCGAGGAGGGAAAAGGGUGGUUAAAGUUCAAAAAUUUUGCUGCUAGAUUUUGUUCUGUUCGGUCAUCGGUGUAGUGUCUGUAGUUGUUCUUGGGGCAGUGGUGGAAUUUUCGAUGGGGAAUAAGAUAGGUAGGAGGAGGCAGGUGGUGGAUGAGAAGUAUACGAGGCCGCAGGGCCUCUACGAGCACCGGGACAUCGAUCAGAAGAAGCUGAGAAAGCUCAUUCUCGAGUCCAAGCUCGCGCCAUGCUACCCUGGAGACGACGAAUGCUCGUUGGAUCUCGACGAGUGUCCUAUUUGCUUUCUGUAUUAUCCUAGUCUGAACCGGUCAAAAUGCUGUAUGAAAGGCAUAUGUACAGAGUGUUUUCUUCAAAUGAAACCACCUCAUUCAACUCGACCUACCCAAUGCCCCUUCUGCAAAACUUCAAAUUAUGCUGUGGAAUAUCGAGGUGUGAGGACAAAAGAGGAAAAAAGCAUGGAACAAGUGGAAGAACAGAGAGUUAUAGAAGCGCAGAUAAGGAUGCGUCAGCAAGAACUUCAAGAUGAAGCAGAAAAAGUGAAGAGGAAACAAGCUAAAUGUUCAUCUAGCAGAACAUUGGUUCCUGCAGAAGUGGAAUAUCGGGAUAUGUGUAGUACCUCGCUUUCAGUGCCGUCUUUUAGGUGUACAACACAAGACAAUGAGUUUGUUUCACCUCAACCUCCAUUCUCUGCACCAGCAAGCACCCGGCCUUCACAUUCUAGGCACAAUUGGGAUGAUAACUUUGACCUCGAUCUCGAGGACAUUAUGGUUAAUGAAGCUAUCUUGCUUUCCAUUCAGGAACAAGGAGGCAAUUCAGGAACUCCAGCUUGUAGCGGCAACAUGUUGCUGCCGCCGCCACCUCCACCACCGCCCUUCCCACAACACUACAGCUCCCUCACAGUGACACCCAUAGAAGCUUCUCCCGGCGGCUUUGGCUGUGCAGUGGCGGCUCUUGCUGGGCAUCAGCACAUCAAUGGCAACUAUCCCAUCAUGGUCAGCAAUACGUCAUCCGCAUUUGACAUGCUCCGGCAUUCGAGCGGCAUUCCUACUAUAGACCCAAGCACUAUGGAGAAUGAUUCUCCAACUAGCUGGGCCGGGGUCUCCCCAAACUGUGGGGGAGAAAUAGUAGUGAGGGAGGAAGGCGAUUGCUCAUCUGAUCAGUGGUCGGUGGUGGCAGAGGCAGGAACCAGCUAUGCCCCUUCCGACAUCAUGCCAGAUGCCAUUGGGCCCGCCACCCCUUUUUCCUUGCCGGAGGGUGUUAAUAUGGUUGCAGGCCACCACCAUUUCUUUCCCGAGAGUGUUGAGGAACAGAUGAUGUUUGCCAUGGCCGUUUCGCUGGCGGAGGCUCGGGCUAGGACAAGUACUCCGGAGUUGAGAUGGAUGUAGUAGUGGUGAUUUUGUCGGCUCUUGGGCUGUCGGAAUUUGCGUGAUUUUGUAUCUUCUUAGAUCAUUUUUCACUUACUUUUCGCUUCAAUACAUAUGAUCUUAUAGCUGUUGGGCGGUUGUUGGUUUUGGUAUACAAUGUGUAAACUGGAAGAGGAGGGGAAAGAACAAAAGAAAUCGGAGGGAAACAAAUGGUGGCGGAACUUCUUGGGAUGUAGUGGGUAGAAAGGCUGUAAUAAACUUCAGCGCUGCAUCUUUUUUAAGUGGGAGCAAGAUGAAAGUAAGGCUUUUUUAAGUGGGAGCAAGAUGAAAGUAAGGGUUCGACCGAGGAGAUCGAACAGACUCGUGAUCUAUGUAGCUCUCCGCCCACUCAUUUAUUUAUCUGUUCUGCAGGACGUUUUGCCUAGUCUUUAUUGGGUAAAAUGCAUAUUACUCGGACUGUUUCUAUGGCGACGCCCCUGGUUUAUGAUGCUAAUUGCUUCGGUUUGGAGCUCUGAUUUUUUAUGCUAAUUGCUUCAAUUUGGAAUCUGAAAAUUCCUCUGUACUUACAAUUUUUACUGGUGGUUUCUAGUUUCUGGGUAUGUUUUCCAGC